UUUAUAAUGUCUGAAACUGACUUGAGAAAAGAAGUUAAGCUACCAGGGCUUAUUGAGGAAACAAAGAAGAUGAUCGAGAAACAUCCUCAUGCUUCUACGGGGCUUCAUGAGGGAAGCAAGAAAGUAGACUCUUCAAUGAACGCUGAUAUUUUACCACAGAAUGUUUCAAAUUGGAUGGAGUUCAGACCUGAAGGAAAAUGUCCAGAGAGAAGAGGCUUCCAUGCUUCAUUCAUUCACAACAACUGCCUUUAUAUUCAUGGAGGCCAUGACAUCAGAGAAGGCACUUUUAGUGGAUUCUGGAGACUUGAUCUUUCAAGUGACCAGUACAUCUGGGAGAAAAUCGAAAUCAAAGGCAUCAAGAAACCUGGUAAAAUUGCUUAUCAUACCCUAUCUCUGAUCGACAGCCACACUUGCAUUUUAGUAGGAGGCUCCAACUUGGGUGUGGACAACGAACAAGUGUUCUUUCUUGAUCUGGCUAAGAUGGAGUGGAGAGUCGAUAGAGACCCCAAGCCUGACGAUCUCACAUCGAUUGACGAGCACACAGCUUGUAUUUACCAAGGAAACCUGUAUAUCUUUGGAGGCAAUGUGAAUGGUUUCAAGUCAAACAAAAUAUUUAUUUACAAUCUGGACUCAAAGGAAUGGUCAGUCAAAGAGCAUGAAGAUGGUAUUCCUCCAAGAUCAAGCCACUCUGCUGUGGUCAAAGACGGGUUUAUGUACGUGUUCGGAGGCAAGGACAUUGAGAACAACAAGCUUAGAGAUUUUUGGAAAUAUGACAUUGAGAAUGACAAGUGGUCAAACAUUUUCAUUCCAGAGAACGAAGGCCCAUUGUCAAGGAGCGGCCAUUCGACUGGAGUUUACAAAGACUACAUCAUAAUUUAUGCGGGGAUUCACGAAUUAACUCAAGAGUUAUGUGAUAUGUAUUUGUACAAUACUAAAAAUGGUAACUGGGUGAGUAUGUUUGAGGAUGCCUCAUCUCCUGUAAAUCACAACAAAUCAAUGAACUCUUCUUUUUCAAGUAUGAAUAAAAAUAGUCCAGUUCAUAGUGAAUAUAAUAAUUCUGCACAGAAAGCGAACAUCAUGGGAAAAUCACAGUUUGCACUCAGUAUGAGAAAGACAAAGACUCAUAAAAAGAAUUAGAAAUUCCAUGAAUUACUCCAUGGAUAUCUCAAAGAAGAAGCUUCAGAAGCUAGUAAGACAAAAGAGAAGGGAAGAGAAUGAGCUUAAUGAUCAUACUUUGCUCACCACACCUACAUCUUUAUCAAUGCAGAACUCUUUUCUUAUAAACUCCAUCAAUAAAGCUUAUAUGGACAGAUUAUUUAAAAAGAAUAAGAAAGUAGAAAGAGGAAAAUCAUUUAAGUCAAGGUUUGAUAAUUCACUCGAGUUCUCACCAGCCAAGAGGCAAUACGGUAAGGUCCCUAGAUUCAACCCCAAGCCAAGAGAUGGUCAUACAGGCAUCAUGCUUAACGAGUGCGAGUACAUCGUCUUUGGAGGCGACAGACACCACAUGCCAUUUAAUGAUGUCUCAGCUAUCGAUUUGAGUUUGGAAAUUUAA